UAAGCUAGCUAGCUACGGCUGUCCUUUUCUUGGUACAUUUUUUAGACUUGACAUUAGCAGUUAGCAUUAAAAGCUAGCUAACUAUGGUUUAGAACAUUUGCCAGUCACAGUUGUUUCUUCUAACUCACAAAAACGUACAUUUGCCAGUCACUGUUAAAAAGGCUUUUGUCUACCCCUGUCUGAACUAAAAGCAUUAUUUAGAAAAAGUACUUUUGAGAACAGAAUAGGAAUCGUGCCCAGAUUACAAAAUAGGCUAAAUGAAGAUUGUGCUGAUUAAUAUGAUAAUUUAAACUACACACAUGGAGACCCAUCAUAAGUUCACCUUCUUUGUAUGUGUUUAUUUCUUUCAUUACACAACCAAACACAGAGCGGCCAUCACUGAUCCCCCGGCUAAUGCACAAAUCUACAAGGACAAAUGGGAUUUCGACUUGUAUUUGAAUGAACUAAACGGCGCCAUCGGCUCUGAGAUAUUCAAACAUAAAAGCUGGAUCCAAUUCUAUUACUCCUGGGCAGGCUUUAAAAACUACAACCUUGUCAUGCGGGUGAUCGAGACAAAGGACGACUUUGAACCCCAUGCUGGUGGCUACGACUACUUGGUGGACUUUUUGGAUCUGUCCUUUCCCACCGCCAGGCCUGGCAGAGAGCACUUCUACAUUGAGAUCAAAAACCGGAUCAGCGUGAUGAGAUCUACAGUGCUGCACGGCCGUCUAUGGGAUGAUCUGUACAUAGGCUUCCAGAACCACAUAAGCCGAGACCCGGAUAUCUACCAUCACAAGUAAACACACUUUGUCUCAUUUGAAAUGUAUUUCAGUAGU